AUGUUUGACUUGUUGAUUACCGGCGGAACGGUGGUGACGCCCAGCGAAGCUGCGGUGCUGGACAUUGGCGUGCAGGAUGGGCGCAUCGCGGCGAUAGCGGCGCCCGGCACGUUGACCGACGAUGCGACGCAAACGCUGGACGCAUCCGGACGAAUCGUUACGCCCGGUGGGAUUGAACCCCACGCCCAUGCGGCGGCCAACGUGCGGCCCGGGGCCCAUGAGCUGGUUGCCGGCGUCCCCAACGCCGGCCCGCUGGAGCACUCGCUGGGGGCGAUUUGGGGCGGCACCACCACGGUGGUGGACUUCGCGCCGGCGCCAGAGGGUGAGCUGGUGGGCGGUGUCCACGAUUUCCUGUCGGUAUGGAAUGGGAAUACUUACGCCGACUACUCGGCCCACAUCAUCUAUUCCAGCCGAAACUCCGCCGACAGCAUCGCCCGCGUCGGUGAGCUGAUUGCGAAUGAUUUUCCCAGCGUCAAGAUUUUUACCACCAACAUCAGGCCGCCGUCGGACCCGCCGUUGACGCUGACUCCCAUUGGUCGAAUUGAUAACGGCCGUCUCGCCGACCUCACGGCGCAGCUGGCGCGAAACGACGGAGUUCUGGCGGUGCACGCCGAAGACGACGAAUUGGUGAUGUACAACUACUUGAUGGCUCGUCAGCGGGACAACUGGGACUGGUACAACGCGCACUUGAUCCACUCCAAAGAGGUGGAGGAUCUGGCAUUCCGCGAUGUUAUUCGAAUCGCCGAACAGAACGGCGCUGGUAUGUACUUCGUUCAUGUAACAGGCAACGACGGGGUAAACGCGGUGGCCGCUGCGCGUAGUCGGGGUUUGCCGGUGUAUGGCGAGGUGUUGACCCUGGCCCUAUCCUUCAACUGCUGGCAGUACCGGGAACCCGACGGCAUGAAAUACCACACCUACCCGUCCCUGAAAUACCCGGAAGAUGGGCACGACCUGUGGUCCGGCCUGCUGGGCAACAACCUCACAUUUACCGCAACGGAUAGCAGCUUCACCACCUAUGUUGAUAAAACCGCCGGACGCAAUGUACAGGAUAUGCGGGGAGGCAACAUCGGCAUCGAAAUCCGGAUGGGAGUCAACUACAGCGAGGCGGUGGUGAAGCGUGGUAUGCCGCUUACCCAGUACGCCAACAUCACCUCUACGAACGCGGCGCGCCUGCUGGGGAUGUACCCCCGUAAGGGCGUGAUUGCGCCGGGCAGCGAUGCUGACUUUGCCAUCAUAGACCCGUCGUUCAGGAAGCGGCUCACCAUGGAUGAUCUGCACUUGCGCGAUUACAGUCCCUGGGAAGGCUGGGAGGUUAGCGGCUGGCCGACUACUGUCAUCCUGCGAGGGCAAGGUCAUGGUUGA